CACCCCACAGCCCAAGAUAGCCACGUCAUUGCUGAGAUAAAGAAUGCCAUGCGCGCAGACCUUGAACCAAGGUAUGCUGAUUCGGAACCCUUCUUGAUCGAGUGUACCAUGCUGGAUCCGAGACUCAAGACGACCACUUUCCCAUCAGAGAUCGAGAAGGAGGAGGCGUUGAAGGUCAUCAAAGAACAAAUGACCUCAAUUAUCAAUGAUGAUGCAAGGGUUCCUGACAUCUUGGUUGAACGAGAAGAUGAGAACAACAACAGCAGCAUGGCCUACAAUGCAACUGACACCAUGGACACGUGUAAAAACCAGAGCAGCAGACACAGUUUGGGGUUAGGCGAUAUGUUGAACUCUUUUAUCACAAAGAAUGUCCCACCUUCAAAAAAUGAUAUAAUUGAUGCAGAAGUCAAAAGCUACAUGUCCGAACCCAUCCUGGAGUAUAAGGAGGACCCCCUAAAAUGGUGGAGAAAAAAGCAGAAGACAUAUCCCGUACUGGCACAGGUAGCAUCCAGGUAUCUUGUUAUGCAAGGUACAUCUGUACCAAGUGAGAGGAUCUUCUCAACAGCAGGGGACUUAGUCAGUGCGCACAGGGCCUGCCUAGACCCAGAAAAUGUGGACAUGUUAAUUUUUGUUAAAACCAAUAUCAAAAUGAUCGAAUAGUGAAAGUGUAUGUUAA